AUGUGGACGAAUAUUUUCAAGAUCGGUGGUUUGCAUCAGAUAUCGUGGUUUCAGUUUCUUCCUCAUGAGUAUGAUUUCAGUACAGCGCCUGAUAAGAGUUUGAACGGAAACCAGAAAGAUGUGGCAACAUGGGAGGUGCUUUCAGCUCAUCUGCAACUGCAGAAGGAGGGGUUUCUCAGCUCAUGGACUAAUUCCUUUGUGGGGCCGUGGGAUCCUUCACAAGGGUUGCAUAAUCCUGAUGAAAAAAUCAAACUGUGGCUGUUUCUACCGGGCCAACAUUCUUCUAUUGUUGAGAAGGCACAGCCUGCUGUUGCCAAGUUGAGAGUUCUCGCAUCUGGACUUUGGGUGGCUCCUGGUGACUCUGAAGAAGUUGCAGCUGCCCUGUGUCAGGCUUUGCGAAAUUGUAUAGAAAGAGCUCUUAGAGGGCUUUCAUAUGUACGAUUUGGAGAUGUGUUUUCAAAGUAUCAUCCUUUUACACAGAAUGAAGAACUAUUCCGGAAGGGUCAACCUGUAGCUGAGUUUAUUUUUGCUGCAACAGAAGAAACAAUAUUUGUUCAUGUCAUCAUAUCUGCUAAACAUGUCAGAGCGCUUUCAAGUGGUGACAUUGAACCAUUCCUCAGAGGUUCUAGUAGACGAUCCUCAGGUCAAAUUUCAGUUGUUGUCUCCCCUCAUGGAAUGCGAGGGAAGCUCACGGGAUAUUGUCCUGGUGAUCUUGUGAAACAAGUGUAUCUGAGCACCGGGAAGGUUAGAGGUUCCAAUGGGAUUGUUGGUCUUCCUUACAGUGCUGCUCAAGUAUUAGGCCUGCCAUCUCAAAUGAGGGGUCAAAACUGCUUUGUUGAAGUGACCCUUGGUUGCCAUGACCAGACGUUGCAAAAGGAUGACAACUCACAUAGUGACUUUUCUCAGCCUCAUGGUACCGAGUCUCUAGCUACUGGACUAGGUACGCAGAGGUGGCCUUCAGCAAAGCCCCCAGUUACUGAACAGAUGUUUGUUUAUCCGGCUGAGGCUGUCCUUGUUCCAGUUUUCCAGACAUCUUUUGCUAGAUCGUCUUUGAAGAGAUUUUGGCUGCAAAACUGGGUUGGUCCAUCAUUGACGGGUUCAUCACUGUUUAUGCAUUGUGAUGACAAGGUAGAUUCAAGGGGUGGAUCUUCAUUUGAACCCAGUGGAACGUAUCGCAGCAGUAGUAACAGUAACAGCAGUAGCAAUUGCACCAUAAGUAGUUCUUCAAGUGACAGCGAUAACAAUACCUUGGGAACUGGUGAUCUAGACGCAGAUGCAGAUUCUUUGAUGUCCAGACAGUCUGGUCUAUCAUCACUGGGUCCAAUGCAGAAUGAUGGCCAAUCGGGUUCUAAAAGGCCACGAACUGCGACAUCUGAGUCUUUUGGUCAAGGAGGCAUGGUUUUAAAUCCUUCCAUGACUGAUUACGGUACAAUGGGAGUCAACAAUAUUUCCUCCAGUGGGGCUGCAAAUGAACAGAUAGGUCCUGAAUGGGGAUGGGAUGAUGAUAGAGGCUCAGGAAUGGAUAUUCAAGCGUUGCUGUCAGAGUUUGGUGAUUUUGGUGAUUUCUUUUUGAACGAUGCUUUACCUUUUGGCGAGCCUCCAGGAGAUGCUGAGUCUCAAGCUCCCAUGUUUCCUGCACCUGAAGGUGGAGAUCUGUGUAGCAGUCCAAGCAACUCUGUGAUGGAUGUGUCAGACCAGAUGCUUCUACCUGCAGGUUUUCCAACACUAGAUAGCUUUAACCACCUGCAGGCUGCUGCCUCUGUGGAAGAUUUGACAAGCAAAAAUCAAGAAGCCCUGAAGAAUACUGCAUCUGGUCAAGUUACCUCCACUCUUCCAUCUGUCAACCGUGAGUUCGAUCAUGUUGUAAAGGCUGAGGCAUUGAUGACAUUUGCUUCAGAAUAUGGGUGUGUAGAAGCCCCUAGGAAUGACAUUUCCUCUGUCAUUAUUCGAAGUCCAUAUGUUCCAAAAUCUUGCAAAGUGGAUUCGGCAUCGAGUUCAAAUAAUUAUGUAUAUUCGGCUACACCACCUUCUUCUCCUUGCUGUGAUGGAUCCGAUGAGAAGUUGCCUACAAGUUCGAAAGCACGUACUGAGAAAAAUGAUGCCAGUUCCCUUUUGAGAUCAAAAAACUAUUACACCCAUGUUGAUCGUGGGAAAAAGCAAUAUGGUGGAAUUAACAAUGGCUUUUCUAAAGCUGAGGCUGGAGGAGCAUCAUCGCAAUUUUCGGUGUUAAAUAAAAAAAAUGGCAAUGCGGUUUCAGCUAAAGCUGCUGAAGAUAAUUUUCUUCCAUCUUCAAGAACUGUCCUUGCGACAGGUAUUGAGUGCCUUGUAUGCCAGGCUUCCAUGUGCAGGCUUCGACAUACACUGCUGUCGCCUGGCAACCUAUCACUUGCUGGCUUGAGUGGAUUGCCUGGAAAUAGCACACCCAGUCAGAUCCAUGCAGAUUCUAGCACUAUUAUGAACAGCAUGUCAAGCAGAUCAGAGUUUAAAAAGAAAGAAAUCAUCCCUGCUCGGUUAGCUGGUGAUGUAGAUGGAGGAAUGCGAGAGCCGUUGACUGCUCCUGUUGGUGUCUGGCGAUCUGUUGGUAUCCCAAAAGCUACCAAAACAAGUACUGCCACCAUGGAAGUUGGCCAUUCCAUACCAAAUAAUUCAUUCAUAGAAGAAAACAUGCUCUCUUAUGGGCUUCGCCAACCACUUCAGGAACUUCUUGAUAGCUUUGCAUUGCUUGUCCAGCAAGCAGCUUCAUUUGUUGAUGUGGCUCUGGAUUCAGACUGUAGUGACGGCCCUUAUUGUUGGCUUGCGCUUCAAGAGCAGAAGAAUCGUGGAUUUUCCUGUGGACCUUCAAUGGUGCAUGCGGGCUGUGGGGGACUUCUGGCUUCUUGUCAUUCCCUGGAUAUUGCUGGCGUGGAACUUGUUGACCCGCUGUCAGCCGAUGUUCUUGCAUCUUUAACCAUUAGUUUGCUCCAGUCAGACAUAAAAGCAGCCCUAAAAUCUGCGUUCAGCAAUGUAGAUGGUCCUCUAUCUGUAACUGAUUGGUGUAGGGGCCGUAGUGCAUCCAUUGAGACAGGAAUGGCUUGUGAUGGAGUUUCUGUAGAGUCCAUUGCAAGUGCAAGUGAAUGUCGUGAUUCUUCGAGCACAGUUACCGUUUCAGUUGGCGAAGCCAUGAGUCCAUCUCUGGCCUCUGCUGGUGGAGGGUCUGGCCUCAAAACUGAUGGAGCCAGGAUGGACGAGUCAGCCACUUCCACAUCAGAAUUGGAUCAGCAACAAUGCUCACGCAUCCGGCCCACACUUUCAGUUGUUCCAUUUCCUUCCAUACUUGUUGGGUACCAAGAUGAUUGGCUUAAAACUUCAGCUAGUUCUUUACACGUAUGGGAGAAAGCUCCUCUUGAACCAUAUGCGACUGCAAAACAUAUGAGCUACUAUGUUGUCUGUCCAAAUAUAGAUCCACUAAUAUUGGCUGCUGGUGAUUUUUUCUUGCAACUUGGAACAGUUUAUGAAACCUGCAAGCUGGGAACUCAUACACCCCAAAGUCUUGGAAACGAGAUGGAGAUAGAUUCUGGAAAAAUAUCGCCUGGUUUUGUCUUUCUCGAUUGCCCCCAAUCAGUGAAGAUAGACAGUAAUAAUGCAUCUAUGUUGGGAUCAAUCAGUGAUUAUUUUCUUUGUCUAUCUAAUGGUUGGGAUCUGACUAGCUAUCUAAAGACUCUUUCUAAGGCUCUUAAGACCUUGAAACUUGGUUCAUCUGUGAGUAUGAACACAAAGGAAGGAAAUGGCGGGCAGUGUACGGUAGUCUAUGUGGUGUGCCCCUUCCCCGAGCCUCUUGCAGUUCUACAGACGGUGGUCGAGUCUUCUGUUGCAAUAGGAUCAGUUAUUCGGUCUUCGGAUAGAGAACGGAGAACCAUGCUACACAAUCAAGUGGCAAAAGCCCUGAGCUAUCCAGCUGCCGUUGACGAGUCUUUUUCAAAUGUUUCGACUCUCACUGGAUUCAGCAUCCCGAAGCUGGUACUGCAGAUUGUGACUGUUGAUGCCAUUUUCAGGGUCACUAGCCCCUCAAUGAACGAGCUCGUCAUCCUGAAGGAAAUUGCUUUCACUGUUUACAAUAAAGCUCGGCGAAUUUCACGUGGGCCCCCUGGCGAGACAACAAUGUCAUCCUCAUUGGUGCAGGAAAGAUCUCAUUCGGUCAUGAUGUCAAUGACUUCAUCAGUUCCUGGUAUGUGGAAGGAUUGUGCUGGCCCCCGAAUGAUGGGCCCACCUCUUCAAAGAGAAAGUGAUCUUGAUGCAAUGAGACAAGGUUCAUGGGAUAACUCUUGGCAGACCGCAAGGGAUUCGAACAAAACGGUAGAUAGUUUCCCACAAAACGAUAUCCGUUGUCUAUUCGAGCCGCUUUUUAUUCUGGCAGAGCCUGGUUCCCUAGAUCGUGGACUUUCUCCAUUUGUGGGGACAAAUCCAGCCGAUCCAUCAAAGCCGUUAUCUGAUGACUGUGUUAGUACGAGCUUUGUGCAGAGUUCUACUUCAGGGAGUGGAGAUACCAAUGGGCCCUCUUCUCAGCACGAGUCCAUGGAUUCGGAUAGUUUCGGGUCGGGCAGUCGGAAGCUGCUUCCGAGCCUGCAUUGUUGUUACGGGUGGACUGAGGACUGGCGCUGGAUGGUGUGCAUAUGGACGGACUCAAGAGGGGAGUUACUCGAUAGUUAUGUUUAUCCCUUUGGUGGAGUCAGUAGCCGGCAGGACACAAAGGGCCUGCAGUCUAUUUUUAUCCAAAUAUUGCAACAGGGCUGCCAGAUUCUUCAGUCCUGUUCUCCUGAUGUUAAUAAUGUGAAGCCUAGGGAUCUUGUAAUUACGCGUAUCGGAUGCAUCUUUGAGCUGGAGUGCCAAGAGUGGCAGAAGGCUCUGUACUCGGCCUGGGGUCCCGAGGUGAAAAAGUGGUCCUUACAGCUCAGGCGAUCUGCCCCUGAUGGAGUCCCCGCUGCUAGCAACGGGAAUCCUUUGCAGCAGCAAGAGAUGAAUAUGAUGCAAGAGAGAGUAAUACCCUCUUCACCAAGUCCAAUUUAUAGCUCCCAUUCUAAAGGGUCGAGCGGAUUUAUGAAAGGUGGACAGACUUCGUCCAGGAAGCAGAUAAUGAGUGGGCAUUCAGCUGUGGACAACUCAAAGGGCUUACUGCACUGGGUGCAGAGCAUCAGUUUCGUGUGCGUCUCGAUUGACCAUUCCUUGCAACUUGUGUACCAAGCAGAUUCAAAUUCUCCUGGAACAAGUCAAGGCAGCAGCAGCACCACGUCAGCACAGUCAAGCAGCUACCUCGAGGGAUACACCCCUGUCAAAUCCCUCGGCUCCACCCCUUCUUCCUACAUCCUCAUCCCAUCCCCAACCACCCGCUUCCUUCCCCCUUCUUCCCUUCAGCUCCCCACAGGCCUCACCGCCGGGUCCCCACCCUUAGCCCACCUCCUCCACAGCCGGGGCUCUGCCUCCCCACUCUCCACAGGCUUCGCUGUCUCACGGGCCGUCCCCUCGGCCCGUAGGGCCCACACCACCAGGGACGAGUGGCCCUCCGUCCUCUCUGUCAGCCUUGUCGAUUACUAUGGCGGCAGCAGCCACGAUAAGCCUCCCCCACCUCCCCCGUCGGCCGGAAAGGGUGGCGGCAAGGCGGCGGCGGCGGCCGGCGGGAAGGAAUUGGAGGCUGAGACUCGUUCGGUGAUGGAGUCUGUGGUGGCCGAGCUGCAUGCUUUGUCGUGGAUGACGGUGAGCCCGGCAUAUUUGGAACGGAGGUCUGCUCUGCCAUUUCACUGUGACAUGGUCCUCAGGCUAAGGAGGCUGCUCCACUUUGCGGAUAAGGGCGUGCUGAGGAAUCGUGAUCCUGUGAAUAAGUAA